CCAGCCACUUUUUUUAUUGUCUUUUUUUCCACGUGGUCCCGCUGAGGUAGUUUGAAAGUGGAGAAAGCUGCAAACCGCUAUUUUUGCGGAGAAUCGCUACACGAUGGCCGGCACAGUCCCUCUCGCUGGCUUUAAAGAACAGUUCGAUACAAUGAAGUCGGCAGUGCAAGGGAUGCUGGGCGACCUGACAGCUUUUGUGGAAAGUAGGUUCGCAGACUUCGAGCGCGAGAUCGCAAGUAAAGGCAAGGAGAUCGAAGGACUCAAAGUGCGCCUGGAAAUCUCCCAGUGCGAGCUGAAGGCAAUGCACGAGUACCUGAGUUCCGUGGACGAAAAAAAGAAGACAAGUGUGGGUUUAGCUGAGGAAGAAGAGGAACAGGGGGAGAAGGAUAACGGACAAGGGAAAGCGGCAAGCAGCUACACCACAGAUCCUGUGGAGGAGGCGCCGAGGGUCCGUGCAGAGCUCCAGAAACAGCUGCGCAUGUUGAGGGGCGAGGGUGCAGUAAAAGACUCAGAUAAGACGAAGUCUCAAGGAUCAAACUCCCACCUCACAGCUGAAAUUCCUGAGAAGAUACAAAGGGUGACUCACAAUGGUACACCAGAUGUAAGUUUGGAGCGUCCAGAGCAGCAUGCCAGGGGCAUUUAUAGAGGUGCCAAAGCUGACGAUUCUCUGCCAAGUGAGUCUGGAACAAAGUCAGAAUUGGUUACUGUUUAUCUAGACAAGGAAUACAAGCGUGUUGAAGAUAAAGCCCCCAAACCACACUUUUUGUUAGAAAUGCAGGCAUUGUCUGAAAGUCCCUCCACUGUUGCUCCUUUUAUGGAAAAUAUGUUAGGGACCUGCAGUGAGAAGAAAUUUCAACCUAAAGACGAGCUGUUGGAAAAAUCAAAACUGGAGAAUACAAACCUGCAGGAACCACUUAGCAAAGGGAACAGAAGUAAGCAGCGAAGCGAUAGUGAAGAAAGGAAAUUUGAAUGUCAAGAGUGCAGGAAGAGAUUCAAAACUUCAGAAAUACUGAAGAGGCACAAGCUGUCUCACACUGGAGAGAAACCGUUCCACUGUGACAAAUGCAAUGGUCGCUUUACCCGGCUGAGCCACCUUAAGAAACACCAGACAGCGCACAUCAAUGGGAAAAUGCUUAGCUGUUUUCAGUGUGGGAAGUGGUUAAAGACCCCUGAAACCCUGAGGAAACACCAAAAGAUACACAUGGAAGAGAAGUCAAGUGUAAAGCCGCAGCCUGAAAGUGAGGUGCCUUCUGUCAGUGAGUCCACACCAAAAAAUCCUGACCCUCAAGAGUGGCCAACCAGUGGUGUGUCCUCUGAGGUUGCUGAUGCCGAGAUAUCCAGUCCCCCAGAAGAAAAGCCAGUUCUACCUGUAGAGAAACCACAUGAGCGCAUGGACUGUGAGGAGACGGGCAUGUUGAAGCAAGGCCGUAAAAAGAGUCAUAAGGUUGAGAGGCAAUUCCUCUGUUCCCAUUGUGGGAAACAUUUCAGAUAUCUGUAUGCUCUUAAAAGACAUGACUUAGUUCACACGGGAAAGAAGCCAUUUCCCUGCCCGGAGUGUGGGAGAGGAUUUCGUUGUAAUUCAGACCUUAAACGGCAUCAGAAGACCCACAUCGGACAAAAGCCUUACACCUGCCCCAACUGCUCUAAAACCUUUCUUAAGAUGUCUCACUUGCAAGAGCAUCUGCUGACUCACAAAAGUGAGACGGAAUGAAGAGUUAUGUUUUGUACUCUUUACAUGUUACAUGAGAAAACCCUGUUGGCAGGAGAAGAGCUGCUUUCUGAAGACCACCUCUUAGAACCCAAGGAUCUGGUUUCAACCCUUACAGAGGUAGACACUAUUUCGGAAGCUAGAGAAAUGUGAAGAUCUUUUAGCUGUUCUUUUUAUAUCUGUGGCACUGUGCAUGUUCUGCAACAAAACAAUCCAUGCCAGAGUACGGUUUUCACCCCCAAGAAACUAAAUGCAUAAUCUGGACAGCAAACUAGAGCUCAACACUUUCGAUUUAGAUCAACCAACCUGAAAUCGCAAGUCUAAAUCCCAUAGUGGUGUGACACCAUGAGUUCAAAGGGUUUGGUUUUACAUAGCAAUCCAUCCUGUGUUCCUCAAGCCAACUUUUUACCAGUUGCCUGACCAAGUCUGACUAACCAACCAGUUUUCCAGCUCUUCUAUCUAGACAUUCACGUCCAAAAUAUACAUUUAUUUAAUCCCAAGUGCCUUGGUACUGUACAUGUGAACCUCUAAAAAAAGUCCUAAUGAAGGUCUAAAUUCCAUGAUGAUGUGACACCGUGAGUGUAAAACUUUUGGUUUUGCAUAGCUACCCAUCAUGUGUUCCUCAAGGUAUCUUAUUUUCCAGUUGUUUGACCCAGCAUGACUAACCAGACUGAUAUGUGGCUCCUUGGUGGAAGUCCAUGUCCACAAUUUAACUUCAUUUAAUCCUAAGUGCCUGAGUAGUACACAAAUGAACCUCUAAAAUCCCAUGGGGUUGUGACACAGUGAGUGUAAAAGAUUUGGUUUUACACACUCAGCUAUCUUGUGUCCUUCGAGCCAACUUAUUUUCCACCUGACUGACUCAGCAUAAUUAAUCAGUCAGUUUUCUGGCCUUUGAGUGGAAGUUCAUUCCACAAUUUAUUUCCAUUUACUGCCAUGUGCCUUGGUACAGUUCACACGAACCUCUAAAAACCUCCAGGUAACUAGCUGAUGAUUUCCUAUUGUUUGUAUUUAAUUUGUUUUGAACCCAUGACUGUUUUUUACAAUUAGGUAUUGUAGCUGGCUUUCACACAAUGACAUGCCUUCUGUAUGCAACCAAAGAUUGGAAAUGUUGAAUUUUUUUUUUCCUUACUUUUAUAAGAAGCUCCACUGGGAAGCCCAGAGUAAUGGUGGGUAGACUUGGAUGAGACUGGCUGUAGGUUUGUAUCUCAUCUAGUUGUGCCGCCAGUGGAUGGUUACCUAAUUCAUCUCCUUCUUCAUCAGUUCCUGCAUUAUAAGAUGAGAGUGACAUGAUCAUGCAGAAUUGUUUUUGAAAUUACAGUCCAAGAUAUGAUCUAAAGAGACAAAAAAAAAA